AUAAAUAGAAACGAGUUUCCAUCGAACGCGAUGGAAAUAUUGAGAUUCAGUCGACAUCAUGGAGAGUCUGAGCGAAGGCGAUAAGGCUGUCUUGAAGACGAUCUUCGAUCCGUUUCAGCCGCUCGGUCCGUCCGAUUUUUCAGACUUCUCGGUUUUCCAGGAAAUUGAAGAGACGGAUGUCUUCGAGGAGGAUCGCUUAGAAUCGGAUGUACUGGACAUCAUAAAAAAAGCAAUAGUCUGCGCGGAAGCGAAGAACUUUGACGAAUGUUUUCGACUUUUCGACCAAGCAUUGGAGAAGGCACCUAAAUCGCCGUCAAUCUUAAAUGACAGAGCGCAAGCUUUACGUCUGGCAAAUCGACACAAAGAGGCAUUAAAAGAUCUGCAUCUGGCGGUAGAACUGAGCGAAGGCAAAGGAAGGGUAGGCAUUCAAGCACUCUGUCAACGUGGUGCUCUUUAUCGUUGGAUGGAGCAAGAUGACAAGGCCAGGGAAGAUUUCACCCGUGCGGCUAAAGCUGGUUCGAGCUUCGCUAAAUCGCAACUGGUCGCUCUGAAUCCUUACGCGGCUAUGUGCAACGCGAUGCUGCAGAAGAUGACAUUCAAGGCCAAUCAACUUUAAUCUAACGUGGGAUUGCAGAUAAAUUCACGAGCGGAUCCACAAGAC